AUGGAAAUCGAAACUUGGCAACAAAAUGCUGUACUCUUGCAAAAAAAGAAGAUCAAGACAAAGGAACCAGGGAAACACACAAAAAUUACUCACAAUAUGAAACUUGACACACGAUUCACACUUAGUGAAAACGCGAUGCGAAGAGAAAAAUAUCCAAAUGAAAUAAUCAAAUCAGAAAAGGAGGAACUUGUCAACAACUAA